AUGAAGUCUUUUAAAUUAAUUGUUCAUCAAUCUAGUUUUAGCACCGAAGAUCUUAUCAUUAAUCUUAAAGAUUAUCCUGGAUUGAAAGAGAAAGAUAUUGUCGAAAUAUAUCAUCCUGAAAAUGAUUACCCGCGGCUGCUUUUACAAGUUACAAAAGUGGAUGCACCAGGACGAGGCAGAGACACAAUCAGUGUUGAGCAAAGCAUUGCAACAACAUUUCAAUUGCGAACAUUUGCUGAUGUUUAUAUUAACAUAGUAAAUGUACCUGACGUGGCUUUGGAUUCAGUUGAAUUAACAUUUAAGGAUCAAUAUCUAGGGAGAUCAGAAAUGUGGAGACUGAAAAACCAUUUAGUGGGUACUUGUGUUUAUUUAAACAAAAAGAUAGAAUAUUGUGGUGGUGCAGUCCGUUGUCAGGUUUAUGAAAUGUGGUCGCAAGGUGAUAGAGUGGCAUGCGGCGUUAUCACUGAGGAUACCAAAAUUGUUUUUCGAUCAUCGACUUCAAUGGUUUAUUUGUUUAUACAAAUGUCAUCGGAAAUGUGGGAUUUUGAUAUACAUGGUGAUUUGUAUUUUGAAAAAGCUGUAAAUGGAUUUCUUGCUGAUUUAUUUACUAAGUGGAAGAAAAAUGGGAGCAACCAUGAAGUGACCAUUGUUCUGUUUUCAAGAACGUUUUACAAAGCAAAAACUUUAGAAGAGUUUCCUCAGCACAUGAAAGAAUGUUUACAAAAGGAUUACAGGGGCAGAUUUUAUGAAGAUUUUUACAGGGUAGCAGUACAAAAUGAGAGAUAUGAAGACUGGUCCAAUGUUCUUCUUCAGUUAAGAAGAUUAUUCACGGACUAUCAGAAGAUUGUACUUCAAUACCAUGAAAGACCAAAUAUGGAAAUACCCACAGCAAUAAACUCAACGGCUGCCCAGGGCAACUUUCUAGAGGUUCUGAAUAUGAGUUUGAAUGUAUUCGAAAAACAUUACCUGGACAGAUGUUUCGAUCGGACGGGUCAACUUAGUGUGGUUAUAACACCGGGCGUCGGUGUCUUUGAAGUAGACAGGGAACUGACGAAUGUUACAAAACAAAGAAUCAUUGAUAACGGUGUGGGAAGCGACCUCGUCUGCGUCGGCGAACAACCAUUACACGCUGUACCAUUACUGAAGUUCCACAAUAAAGACAGCACAAUAAACUCAAUAGACGAUUACUCUAUGCCACACUGGAUCAACCUAUCAUUCUAUUCAACUAACAAGAAGGUUGCAUAUUCUAAUUUCAUACCAAGAAUCAAAUUGCCGCCGCGCAAGAGCAAUGAACCUCUGAAGAAAAUGUAUGAAGAUGAAAGUAAAGGCAAGUUAUUGAAGGAAGACGAUUAUAUGCACAAUUCUAUAUUCGAUUACGACGCAUAUGACGCUCAGGUGUUUCAAUUGCCACCAGCGCAUAGCACAUGUGUACAAAGAGUUGCUCGUACAAAGAAGACUUCGGUGGCUGGUCUAGAAGGUAUAAGCCAUAGAAGCUCACCCUCGAUACAUCACAGAAAGAUGUCGGAUCCCGACAUACAUCACAGUCUCGGUUCAGAUAUACUGAGUAGCAGUAAAUACAGCGUGACUGACAGCAGCGAUACAACAGAUUCUCCAACAUCAAUGGGCCGUGCGUCUCCGAAGAGUUCGGUUUCCAACAAACCCGUUAUAAGGACGGGGAGGGCGCUCAUAAACCCGUUCGACCCAUCACACGUGACGGUCAAACUGACGAGCAAUAGGCGACGAUGGACGCAUAUAUUCCCUAAAGGUCCAACCGGCGUGUUGAUUCAACAGCAUCAUUACCAGGCUCGGCCAGCCGGGGAGCCGGCUAGAGAAACAGAAAGCAAGGAUAACGGCUCGAUAGCAAACAACCACUCUGUCUAUCAAGUUGACGGUAAUAUUAUCGGCCGGAAGCGCAUGAUAAGCACUUCCGGUGGUCUGGGUGUCUUGGGAACAAUGGGAACUCCGUCUACAACAAAUAACGCGUCCCUAGCGUUACUUUGGGGCGCUACCGGCGAACAAGAGUGGACGCCAGCUUUGACAACCGCGAACCGAGCAAUAGGUGUGGAUUGGAAGUCGUUGACUAUACCAGCUUGUCUCCCGAUAACCACGGACUACUUCCCUGAUAAGAGAUCUCUUCAGAAUGAUUAUCUCGUUUCCGACUAUAACCUUUUGCCUGAUGAUGUGAAUGCUGAUUUUGCCCAAAACAGAGCAAUAUACAAAGAACCGCUCACAACAAUGGAAGUAUUUAAGGAACUUGUGUCGCAGAGAUUAGCGCAGGGCUUUCAGUUGAUAGUGGGAGUGAAUGAAAACGAGGUGAUUGAAUCUCACUGUCCCUCAACCCACACCCCACCACCGUCUAAAGUCGCACCACAGAGUAGCAAACCAACGAACGCGCCCACAAAACGGUAUUUACUGUCUAUAGGCAGAAUAUUCCACAAGCUAACUCUAGUUGGAUCUACAAUCACCGUCACUCGUUAUAGACCAAGACAUCCCUACCCACCGUUCAACAUCCACUACCGCUACCGUUUCCACGCCCCCUACCACGAUACAUAUGAAGUGUCCUGGGUUUCCUUCACCACCGAGAAACUUGAGAACUACAACUGGAACUACAUGGACCAUUAUAUAUGUACUAGGGGUGACACAGACUUCUUUCUUGUUGAGUCACUGAAAUACUGGCGUUUUAGAACACUUCUACUGCCGUUAUACAAUCCAGCAACGAAAACAAUACUCGAGGAUGAUUCUACCCACUGCGACAUAUAUCCGACACCAACUAGGCAGGAUCUGGACCAUCUCACCGAAGGAUUCCUUAAGAUGACUGAGUCUUACUUCAAUAAGGUUAAACGUCCUAACAAACAGAGGGUGGCGUGCGGCGGCGACCCGGGGCUCACUCGACGGCGGCACUCCACCUCAACCUCCAUCCUCACGAGGACCGUUCAGGGCGGGGCUUCCGGUUCCCCGUUCAGAGAGCGAGUUGGCAGCACCCGACUACCGGAUCGACCGAGGCUUAGGAUCGAGGCUAUAGCCGCAGCUAAAACAGUGCUCGAGAGAUCGCAAUCACAGUCCGGUGAAUGUGAUGACACUUACGAUGAUGGCGUUAUUGAACCGAAGUUGAAAUCGAACGCAACGUUAGCCGAGGUUAUAGAGAGGAUGCGUCACCCGACUUUGGGCGUUGGUUUCCUGCAGCAGACAGUCAGUCUACCGUCACAUACCUUUGUAUCAAUAUACGCGAUACAUUGGCUACAGGCUAAUAUGGAGAAUGUUACUUACGAAAAAGCUACUAACAUUAUGGAGAAACUUCUUCAAGAAAAAAUGAUAUGCCACGCGUCCGGUGACACUCUCAAGCGUUAUGUUGUUGGUUAUUAUAUGUAUCAUAUAUUACCACAGAAGAAAGAUAAAGAACUUUCGGAAUACGUGAAACCUCUAGGCGACUUACAGAGUUUUGAAAACGAAUGGAUGGAAGUAGAGGUGCUAGGGCCUAGAUCUCCAUUACUGACAACAGAGACGAGCUCACGAGCGAUAGAUAUAUCUGGGACGAGCCCCGUCACUGAUGAUUCCGGCAUGCCCGCCUUUUUAUGUGAUAAUAUCGACCCUAAUUACAUGCAAUUAGGCAGUGACGACAUGCCGCUAUACAAGAACACUCACCUGGAUAUCGAUGUAAACAACAAGAGUGAUCGCAUCGAGUGGGGCCACGCUCGCUACCAGGCAACCUUCAGACCGGACCAGGCCUAUGAGAUGUGUAUACAGUGGGCCAUCGCUAGUGGAAACAUUGUAGCUGAAUUGAUAUUCGGUUGGGCUCGCAAGGCGCAAAGUUGUCGUCUCCAAAUGGUGCCAAUACCGGCUGACCCACUGGCGUUACCCUUCACAGAGAAAUCUGAUCCGUUAAGAGGUCCAAUAUACGUGCCUUUAAAUGAAGAACCUCUAUUACGAGGAAAGACUUCUUUGUUCGAAGGUUUUCCAGAAGAAACCUGGUUAGAAAGGUUGUUCCUAUUCCAAGAGGCUAUAGUCGGUAGAUUCGGUUUCAUAAAAUGUACGGUAGAAAGUACAUCACACGCAGCGGGCGUAGGUGAUCAUUUAUACGUGCACGUGACUGGAAACAUGUUCAUAUUGAUACCGACAACCGUUAAACUAGAACAGAAGUGUUUGAGGACAAAACCAGCGAAUAAACCGGUUAACGCCAGCAGAUAUCCUGUUCAUUCGGAUGUGGCGCCGAGUCCGCACGAGGGCUACAUCACACGUCACGUGAGCGGGAAAAAUAAGGACGACUAUGAUAACAGCAGACGGAUGGGUUUCUUAUGGUCGUGGAAUCACAUGAUAUCUAAGAAAUGGAAGUGGUCGCAGACUCCGGCUACAGGCGACGAAGGGUUCCAGAUGAGAAUGCUCAGAGACUUUAAACAUUUCUGUGCAAAUCAUGAACAGAGAUUGAGCUUGUUCUGGGACUCGUGCUGGGAAAUCAGAGAGAGAGCGAAUGGAAUUAAGUUCUAA